CAGGAUGCCAUUGAGAAGUACACGGUGGAGAAGGAAAGUGCGCUUUUUUGUUCACUGCUGCGGUGAACGACGUCCGACGAUACGAUAUCUAAUUAGUCAGCAGCGGGCUGAGAUUCAAUCGAUCGAUCCGAUCUGUGAGGACCCUGCGCGGCACACAAAGGGCGGUGAUUUUGAAGGAACUACCGAAACCGACUGGCAAUAGGUGUUCGCGAGUGAGUGUUUCAGUGCGCGAUCGGCGGAGGAAAAGCGUGCGGAGGAGCCGGGUCAAAAUCUCAUCUCUGGGGUGGCGCAGUGUGAAGUUGCUUUGCUGGAACGACCAACAUGAGCGGUUGGCCCGUGUUGGUAACUGCACUGCUGCUGCUGAUCGCAGCAGCCUAUGGAAAUCGUGAGCACAAGGUUCACAACAUUGUGCUCUAUCCGGACAAGCACUCGUGGUGUUCGACCAGGAACAUAAGCCAGGUCAUUAGUUACCCGGGAUGCAAACAGGUAACAAUUGAUAACAAUGUUUGCGUGGGAGCAUGCUUCAGCUAUUCGAUUCCCCACACGGAACCAUCGGACCCCGGCGAAGUGAUUGGACCGUAUUGCGACAGUUGUCAACCGUCGGAAACCUCGUGGCAUCAUGUAACCUUGGACUGUUCGGAAAAUUCCAGCAACAAUAAUGACGAAGAAUCGAAGCCUGCUGUGCUCGUGAAGCGAGUACAGAUAAUCAAGAACUGCUCUUGCACAUCCUGCGAGAAGCAAACUCCCAAAAAGCAUCACAAUCAUCAUCACCAGGACUAUCAGGUAACUCAGGUGCCCUCAACUACGGCAUCUCUAAUCCAGAACGACAUUCCGGAACUUCUGGAAGUAGUCCCGUAUAGUGAAAACGACACUGAACCCAUCCACCACUCACCAAUACACUCGCAUCAGAGUGGAACCCAUGGCACAACUUACAUGCAACAACAUCACCUCAACCACUACGAACACAACAGCCACACCGAAAACGUCAAGAAGCUACUGCACCAAAAAAUCACCGGUCUCCUGAAGAGCAUCGAGGAAACCAACUCCAAGCACGAUCGCGAGCAACUGAUCGAAAUGAUCAAACUCAUCAAGGGUUCCAGCGAUCGCAACUGGGACGACCUGAUGGAGUCCCUCCAAUCAGAAAACGCCAUCCUGGACUUUAACCGCCUCCGGGCGGAACUGGAAACGGAAGAGGAACCGCAAAUCCACCUCAACCCGCAAACUUCCGAGCAACAGCAAGAUCACGAACGACUGCUAAAGCAUCAGUUCGACAUCCUGAACCACCAUCCCCAUGGCCACCACGCCACCGCGCAUCACCAUCACGCCGGGGACAAACUGGACGAGCAUCACCAUCUGCAGCGGGGACCACAUGGGUCCCUCGUCAUCACCUCGGACGAGCACGAGAUCAAGGAGAAGAUCAACAUCCACUCGCACGAGAUGAAGCCGAACCAUGCCGGGGCGAUCCUCACCUAUGAGAACCAUCACAGUGACCAUGGUAAAAACCAUCGCCAUGGGGAAGCAGAGGGCGCCAGCGCAGCGCAAAACUGAGCAGGCGCGAGCGGAAAUCUAACGUUUUGUUUUGUAAGCCUCUAGUCGUUAGUGAUUUUUCUUUAUAUUUUCUGAAAUUUAGCUUCCGGAGUGGGAGUGGUGUUGAACCGAUUGUGAGUAUUUAUUUUUUAUCCACACAACAAAAGCGUGUGCUUAUAUUUAACCUCCCCCCACGUGCACACGAGCCCCCCGCAAAACAUAUAAAACUAUUGUACUCUAGAUAAAGAUUCUCUUCCUAAGUUAAUAUUUAUUAUUUUAUUAUUUUCUGUUGGAAAGCUGGUCUCUAGACAGAAAGGGAAGUGAGCUGAGUGAAUGACGCGUUCAGAACUGUUCUUUUUACCACCAUCUAACAAACAUACGCAGAUAGAUUGGACACGUGUUGUACCGCCUCAAAUGAUGAUGGGUGCCAUUCGAUUUGGUUUGGAUGCUAUGUUUAGACUAAGACAUUACAAAAAAAAAAAUACACUUCAAUAGUUGUGAUCGUCAAAAUUUAACAGAUUAAAUUUGCUGAAAUAAAGAUGAGUAUGUA